UCAACCUCUCCUUUCGCGCUCAACCUUGGAGCUGCCGCCGGCGUCUUCCAGCUCACGCUUGGACUCACCGCCAUCUUCCAGCCUCGAGUGAUGCUUCAAGAGGUCUGGGGUUUCAAACCUGCCUCGACACCUGGCCAAGAUCAAGUCCUUGUUGAAUCCUUGAUGCAACUUUAUGGCUUGAGAAACAUUGCACUUGGAUUGAUGAUCCUCACUGUCAGAGCUCUUGCUGACAGUAGGACGCUCGGCUGGGUUCUCAUGAGCGACAUCCUUGUCGCACUUGGCGAUGGAUUCGUGCAGAAGAAAUGUACUGGUGGAGGUCAAUGGAAACAUUGGGGGUUCCUCCCUAUCGGAGUCGGUAUGGGUAUGCUCUUGCUGGGCUACUUCGAUUGA